CGGCGCUGAGCCGCGGCCCGAAGCCCGGCCGUGCGGGCGGCCUCCGCUCGCUUUCCUCGUGGGAAGGCGGCGAAGCCGGACCGGGGGAACCAGAGGGAAAACCUCGUUUGGUUCUCUGUAGAAAUUAAAAGUAAUUCGGUUGUUUCUCGUUCCAGGCAUUGAUUUUAAGAUCAGAACGAUAGAGCUGGAUGGCAAGAGAAUCAAGCUGCAGAUAUGGGACACCGCCGGGCAGGAGCGAUUCCGCACCAUCACAACGGCGUACUACAGAGGAGCCAUGGGCAUUAUGUUAGUCUAUGACAUCACCAAUGAAAAGUCUUUUGAAAAUAUUCGGAACUGGGUCAGGAACAUCGAAGAGCAUGCCUCUCCAGACGUCGAAAAAAUGAUCCUUGGGAACAAAUGUGAUGCAAAUGACAAAAGACAAGUUUCUAGAGAGCAAGGGGAGAAGCUUGCAGCGAGUUUUGGAAUUAAAUUCAUGGAGACCAGCGCAAAAGCAAAUAUAAACAUAGAGAAUGCAUUUUUCACUCUUGCCAGAGAUAUCAAAGCAAAAAUGGACAAGAAGUUGGAAGGCAAUAGCCCACAGGGCAGCAACCAGGGAGUCAAAAUCACACCAGACCAGCAAAAGAAAAGCAGCUUUUUCCGAUGUGUUCUUCUGUGAGGGACACAGCCUUAAUCUGAGCGCCUGCUCAGCCCAACUGGACUGUGCCUGUUCUGAGUGAGACUUCUCUGUCUGUGGACUCUAGCGUUUCCAGCAAACCUUGUCACUCUGUGACCACCUGAAUAAGAAAUUGUUUAUUUUAGUAAUUGUCUGCUCUUCAAUUUUGGAGAUGAAACAAGUUUAUUUUUGUCAGAUUGCCACUGGGCAGGCAUUGCAGAGCAGGGGGAGCACAGAUCGAAUGUGACCUGCGAGAGCACCUCUGCUGACAGGCUUCAACCUCACUGUUUGUAUCUCUAACGUAUCCAAAUUAGAAAGAUUAAGUCAUAAUCAAAAUCAGAAACUGAAAUGCCAAUAUGAAUAAAGUACAGGUGCAUGUAUUUGAUACAUCUGCAGAUCUGUGUCUGGAUGCAUACAAAGCAGUUGCAUCAAAACAACCAAUAAAUGCACUUAGGAAGGCAGUCCGGGCUGCGCCUUCCCAGAAGGUAAAGGAAGCUUUCUGCAAAACUCCUUCUUGCUACUAGAGACAGUUCUUCGAUCUGCUGUUCUUACUCAGCUGUGUUGUAGACAAUCCAUGAGUGCAGCUGGAGUUUAAAAAAAUUCCAAGGCAUCUCUAUUUUUUUAGAAAAAGCAGAGUGUGCUGUAGGUGUGCUGGUUCCUUAUGCCAGGAGUUCCUUUAGCCGGGUUACAGGUGGCCACACCUAAUUAAACGGUCUGCACGUCCAGCAGGAGAGCUGCAGAUGUUCUGCACUCAGUUUUUAGAGAAACAGCCCCCAGGGCCACGUAUCCCACACUGAACAUCCCAGGGAACAGCUCUUCCUUCUCUAGUUGGAAAUGGCCCCCGAUCUGUCGUGAUGUAGUAGCUGGUUACAAAUUGUGACAAGAAAAUGUAUUGCACUGCUUCCAGUUGUGUGUUCUUAUGCACACGUGCUCACAUAUGCAAAUAAAUGUUGCACAUAUGGACACUUUCUGAAAACAAACUUUGAAAGCUGAGAUUUGCCUUGCUGCCAUGUAUUGAUCAUUGCAGAUUUCAAGCAGCAGCAAACCUGUUAAUAGCAUGCAUCAAUGCAAAUGAUGUUUAGUCCUCAGUGGAAAUAUUUAUUCUUAUAAACACAGUCUAUUACAUUCCAUUGUAUAAAAUGUAACAGCCUAGUAAAGCACCUAGGUAACUAAUUGCUCUCAUUUGAGAGGCUGUAAGCCUGACUAAUUAGAUUAAUAAAAGGAGCCAGUAAGAGCAAUCUGCUUAGAAGUCUGCUGUCAGUAAUUGGAGUUAUGGUAUAUUUAACCCAAGUGAACAUAUCAGCUGUGUCCUGCAACUCACUGGAAUUGUUCAUGUGCUGCUUUGUUUACAUUGAAAACUGCACUUAAGGAUAAAAUUAAAGCUCACUUUAAAGUUAAUGAUUUAAUAAUGAUUACUUACCAGCUUUGUUUUCUUCAGUUUUCUGGUAAUCUGUCUUGGCCUUAGAGGAGCACUCCUAAGUGUUACUGGAGUUAAUUAUAAGUCUGAUAGAUUUUUAAACUUAUCCGCAGCAUGCAACUGAGCUCAACAGGAAUUACUGCCUGCUUUUCUAAAAGAAAAAAGGAAAUUGUACUGUGCAAGUUACUAGCUUAAAAAAUGGAUUUUAAAUGCCACCAACUUUUUUUUUUUAAUAGCUAGCAGAUCAAAAUGAGCUCUGUUCAUUAUUACACUGAUAUGUGAAACCUUCCUCUAAGCAGCACCUUGUAACGUUUGUUUUGUUUGCUUGUGGCUUUUUAGUGUGAGGACCUGGUGACAGUGCAGCAGUCAAUGGCACACAGAUGUACUGUAGGAUAAAAUCACAUAAAGGCACUGCAGAACCUUCUGGUGCUUCAGAGGACAGCUCCUGCAGAGGGAUAGGCUGGACAAGCAGUGCUGCUACCCUGAGAUAAGAACAGUUUGGGGUUUUUUUUAAGAAAAAAAGACUGCUUGGAGGACUUAGUGGUGCCGAGUUGAGGUGCUUAAAUCAGAUCUGCUUGGUGUUUUGUUUCUGGCUUAGUGGUACACGUGGAUUGUCUCACAUGGAGCCACCUCUUCUAAUGUAGCCAGAAGUUGCAGCCAGAGUCACUUCAGGAAGUGACUGGGAAAAUGAGUGCUAAGUCUGCCCUGCUGUCACCGUGACACUGGGUCUCGCCCAUCGACAGCAUCUCAGUUGUUUGUCUUGAGAUAGGAAAGAAAUACCACAUUAACUUACAAACCACAUCGUUUGUCAGCCUCCAUUUGCUAGAUCUUGUGUUACCUUUUUGCAUUAAAAGCUCUUUGUCUGUGAACACCUUUGUUCAAACUUACGCUGGCUGUUGCCCGUGUCAAUAUAAUAUAACUUACAGCAUGAUUUCCUUUUCUGAACUGAUGGGUUUUGCUCAGUGAACAGCUGUGUUAUUGCUCAGUCUCAGGAAGUUUUGUGCAGUUACUGUGACCUGCAGUCAUCGCUGUGCUCCUACGGCAUGCAGACUCUAUGCAGAAAUUGGAUCAGUGUAAACAACAUGAAACUAGAAUGCAAAUAUAGGACAGGGAAAGCUUAAAGAUAUUGCAGUGGCAUUUCUGCUUGGCUACGUGUUGCCAAAUACUGACAUCAAAUCUGGCAUAAAUACAACAUGUAGUUGAUAUUUCCAACAUGUCAUUUAAUUAUUGUGUUUUUUUAAGCACGGAUAUUACAAAAACACAAUGUUCAAAAAAGGUACUGUGCCACUGAAUACAGGAAUGCAUUUAUAGGUAAGCUUUCAUUAACUAAGGACAAAUCUGAAAUUCGAUGCAGAAUCUACAAAAGAGGAAUUUAAGUAGAUCUGAAAAGCUGAGAAUGUGCUUGCCACACGUUUUCUAUGUCUAAAUAUCACUAAAAUGCCAGGUAAUCAGUUAACACUUGGUUUGUAGAGAAACAAACCCAUUUUUGAGCAUGUUCUCAAAUUCCUUUACUUUGAUGAGGAUCACAGAAUUCUGUGGUUGACCUUACUUUUGAGGCUGCUGCAGUAUGCUGGAUAGAUUUCACCCUUUCGGGUGCAGACCUGUCAGCUGAUGUGCCAGUGUGUGCUGGAGCUGCUGCUUCGUGCUGACGUUGCCUGUCCAGUUCCUGUGCUGAUAGGCACAUCUCGUGUUCCACGACAUCAGAGCCUCGUGCUACCAUCAGACUUUCAGCCUCAGAUUUAUAAAUCCUAUGGAUUAUUGUAAGUCUCAUUACUGCUGCUGGGAAUUAUUUGGUCUCCUUUCGUGUGGGGUAGGAAUCAUCUUACUGACAACUGUAAGGGGUUUUAUUGCUGUGGUGGUGGUUUGGCUGAUGCUCAUGCUGAAAAGCUGCCGGGAUUUCUUGUUUUCUUGGACAUGAAAUGGAUGGGGGUUAUGCUGGAGAGGAAAUGGACAAAUGACUGCUGAAAGAAUGGUCUCCAUUUCUGCUAGAAGUUCACAGGGGUUGGGAAAGAACGAUGACUAACGUGUGUCUUCAUUUAUAGAUGAAAUAAAGAUCUGUUCAAUUGAACAUUAAUGGUAAUGUGCAGUCUGAUUAUUUCAGGCUGCCUUAUUCUUUGACCCAUUUCUUUCACUGAUGCUUGGAGUUUUUGUCUUCUGAAGCUGAUCAAAGUGCAGCAGGCUGCUCUCCAGCCUCUGCAGGAAUUGUGCUCUAAGCUGAGCGUGAGCUGGGACUCAUGUCUUCGUUCUGAGGGGAACUUAACAUAUCCCAGUGUUUUCAUAAGCAACUGUAAACUAUGUUUAGAAGGACCACUCUUGGCUGCCACCUUUCCCACGUUACCACUGCUUUCUUAAACACUUCUCAUUGAUUUUGUUGUUUGUAUAAAAGACAGAACUGUUGUUUAUUACAGUAUGUAUGUUUUUACUCUGUACAGGACCCUGAGCACUGCAUAAAUAAACUUCUUAUGAAAAGAGAAC